CUCAGUUGCUGUCGCUGCCAUGUGCCGCCGGCAGUGAUGAAUCUGCUCCCUCUCCUUGUCCCGCUGGCCAUGGGCUGGCCCGCUCAUGGCACGCAAAACAGCUGUGGAGCGAGCUGCGGGCGCCGGCCCAUGGCUGCUUACUACAGCAAGCAGCGCAUCGUGGGUGGCAGAGAUGCCCUGCCAGGGGCCUGGCCCUGGAUCGUCAGCAUCCAGCAGACCUCAGAAGCAGGCACCGUGCACAUAUGCGGAGGGUCCCUCAUCAGCCCACAGUGGGUCCUCACAGCAGCCCACUGCUUCAUAAACGCCAAGCAUAUCCAGAUGUGGUUCGUGCUGCUCGGGGCCACUCGGCUGACACGGCUGGGCCCCGAGGCUCAGGUGCGCAAGAUUAGGAAGCUAAUUGCUCACCCCUACUACAGUAGGGUCACAGAGGAGAAUGACAUUGCCUUGCUGGAACUGGACCGGCCUCUCCAGUGCAACGACUACAUACAGCUUAUCUGCGUGCCAGACAUGUCGAUACGAGUGUCCCAGCUGACAGACUGCUACAUCAGUGGCUGGGGUUCCAGGAAAGCAAAAUCUGCAAGCUCAGCUACUGUCCUGCAGGAGGCCAAGGUGCACCUCAUCAAUGUCAACACCUGCAACAGCAGCGAGUGGUAUCAAGGGGACAUCCACACCCACAACCUGUGCGCUGGCUACCCGGAGGGUGGCAUUGACAGCUGCCAGGGUGACAGCGGUGGUCCUCUCAUGUGCAAAGACAACAAUUCUGACUUCUUCUGGCUUGUGGGAGUCACCAGCUGGGGGGAAGGCUGUGGGAGAGCACAACGGCCGGGAAUUUACACCUCCACCCAGCACUUCUACAACUGGAUGGUGGCAUCGAUGAGACUGCGCCCGGCAACAGCAACCAACCCAACACCACGGCCGGUCUCCACCUCACCCCCUACUCAGACCCCACCACCCCGCCCUCAGACCUCACCAGUCCCCCAGACCCCCACACCAACACAGGCAGGCACAUUCACGCUCUGCCCACUUCCAUGCCAGAAGAUGAUGCAAUUCCUCAACCUGCUGCAGGAGCUCCAGCGGUCCCUAAAGGGAAAAAGCACUGAGAAGCAGUAGGACACAGGAUGCGGGGCAGACUGUGCUGUACCAUGACCAUUCCCUUCUGAGUCAAUGCCUCCUGAUUCAAAGGCAGCCUCACUGUUAAAGCAGAGUAGUACAACAUGCUCUGAUAAACACACAACCAUAAGUAAUUACAGCUACUCAUUGAAUCCCUCCAUAGAUCAGAGGGCUGAGGCAGAAUCUCUGCUGCUAAAACAACCCCUUCUAGUUAAAAGGUUUAACUUGCCCAUCUGAAAGAGUGCCAGACACUAAAGGUUGUGCAAGAAGAGCAAGGACAAACCACCAAAAACUAGGAACUCCCAACUUCAUUUUGGCUGUAAACCCCUAGUUCUGGCCCCCCAUGGGUAUAGAUUAUGCAGUAUUUACUGUAUGGAUAUGAAUAAUCCUCACAGAGCAACACCAUACUCACAAGUGUUCAGACUGAGCAGUAGGAAUAGUUUAGGCAUUUCUCUUCUGACUGCUUCCCUCUGGAAUGUGGGACUUUGUCUGCAAGUUACCAAUGUGUCUAAAUGAGCCAAGCCUUGAAAGCGGGGUACCCCUAUGCAAGCAUGGGCACAGGAACACAUCGUUACCAUGAUACAUCCCUGGCCAUAAAAUAAAGUGAGAUUCUGAAGCUGAAAAA